AGUGUGCAGGACUCUCCCUGCUCAUAUGGGAUUCAUAGUUUCAGCAUCACUCUAUCCACAGUUUAACACAUUAACUAGACGAGCUAAAGACAAGGUUCAUAUUUCAGAUUGAUGAAAUUACUUGGGAAUUUUACAUCUAGAGUCCAGCAUAUAGAAAAGCAACAAAAAUGCAGAAACGUUAAUGUAAAUUUAUGGAGACUUUAAUUUGUUUCUUCACAGUGCAUCAUGCUGGUGAAGGUGAGAUUUGGAGAAAUCCAGAAGUAUGUCAAAGUGGCUCAGACCAAUGAAGGCUAUGAGGACUUCAACACAUUUCUUCAGAAAGUCAUUCAAAAGCUAGAUCUUCCACUAGAGACUGAGUUGCACCUGACAGAUGAAUCAGGGACAGAUGUGGAUGCAGAUGUGUUUGAGGAGCUUUUGCGAGCAGGCAACCUUACUGUUAGAGUGACAUCUGAAAGGUCAACAGUUUUACUUCAGCCUGAUCCAUCGAAGACUUCAGUUGAGUCAUCCACUUCAGUCAGUUCAUUUCCAUCUGCGUUUGGAGACUCCUUUUCCUCUGAUUCAUCAGAUGCAACAGUCAUAUUUGAGAAAAAUGGAGGGAGAAGAACCCAUUCUGAAUGGGAAUCAGCCAAGGAGACGGUGAGAAAUGCUCUUCAAGCCAAACCGGGGGGGCAAGUCAUUUUUGAUGAAUAUGAAAAAACAAAAAAGUUGAAGGAUAGCACACGGAGGAAGUUGGUAAAUCUUCUUGUGGCUGACAUGGUUGAAAUUCAUGGGAGAAUCCCACCAGUCUCUGUCCGAAGGAAAUAUGCUUUGGGUAUCAUCUCUCUAUUUCCAAGCCUCAGAGAUCCAUACUCAGACAAUGGAUAUGAACACUUCUAUGACCCACAGAGUGGAUCUGGAUACCUGGCCUGGAGGUUAAAGACUGUUCAGCGCAACUCUGCAGCUCAGUCCCGGAGAUCCUCCACCAACACUGUCCAUCAAGAUAGUCCGAAGAGAAGGAGGGAGUUUCUCACCCAUGAUAAGCAGCUGCUCGGUGAUGAAUGUCAUGAAGCAGUAUCGUUUUUGAAACAUUCAACUGAUGUAUCAACAAUCAAAGAGAAGAUGAGGGCCACAUUUCAGUACCGCCAGUCGCUGGUGCAAGAUCAGAGGUCCUCUUUAACGGUCUUGGAUGUCUUCCCAAGAUUUCUUGACAUCCCAGGCUUGAUCGAACAAGAUUUCAUACAAAUGUUUGGAGAGGAAGUGUCUGGAAGAUUUUUGGCAAGAUGGCCCACAUUUUUCAAAGCUAGGAUCCUGGCUGACUGCAAGAACAUGACUUCCAAUGAGCACAUUGAGAACCUCUUGUCCAUGCAGCAAGACUCCAGUGGUUUGGGCUGGGAUAGUGACCUUUCAAGUGUUCUGCUCUUGGUUCACUUGCUUCCCCCCACCUCUAAAGGCCACAAGAAGAGUGUGAAAAUGAGCUCAUGUCAAGCUGUUGACCAUGUUGUGAAAUAUCUUCAGAUGGGAGCCAGUGUUGAAACUUUCCUUGCUGGUGUGGAGCCAGGACAGCCAUUCCUCCUCUGUGUCGGUGAAAAUAAGAGCAGCAUCCAAAGAUACUAUGUCAUCAUGGAUCACAAGGCAAUCCCUUGCAAGGCACAGACAUCUCUGGCAGCUUUCGACGAGCUCUUUAAAGCACACUUCACCUUCAGCAUCAACUACCAUGAUUCCCUCCACAACUUCUAUACAUUCAUCCAAACCACAGUGUUCAACAUUGACGUGGGAAGUGCCAAGGAAAGUCCCAGAGUCAAGGAGAUCAGAGCAAGACUUUUGCAAGACACUUGUGACACUUGA